CACAGCCCCAGCUGGCUCCCAGACCCGCGCCGUGCCUGGCAGUCACCCUCGGGAAGGGCGACCUCCUUUAAUCUUAAUUAGACUUAAAGCAAAUCCAUUGUUAUUCAUAUUCAAAUGAGGAAUGAUUUUUUUUCUUGUGCUAAUAACGCAGGCAGGCUGUGCACUCGGUUGUUUGGCAUUUGUGCCUGUCAAAGCGAGGAAGAGUAGUCAGACUGGAGGGAAGGGGCACGCUUCCCCAGCCCAUCUGGUGAGACACGGGGGAUCCUGUUAAUGCCUCUGCCGUGUCAUCAGCUGGACACCGUGUCAUUAGCUGGACACGCGCAGCGUCUUUUGCCUCUCUCCUUCUCAGGAGAGCUUCGGAGACAGACAUGCUGAUGGCUGGGAGGCACUGGAGAGUUCUUGCCUCUUCCUCCAGUUUCAAGAGAGUAUGGCAGUAGCCACGUCUCGUGUUUUCAUGUCUGAGCACUGAAAACAAGGGCGUGGGGCGUUAGCCUGGCAUUGCAGACCUUUCUGCAAGCCUGUGGUGCCAGACUGCUUGAAGGUCUGCAGCUGAAACUCUGGGAGAGCAGUGGGGCACCUGCAUUUCAGAUGCAGAAGGGAUAGUGGAUUUCCUGGGUUUGGGCUGUUUGCAGAGCUCCCAGCAUGUAGAAGUGGGGCCGCGUCUCUGUGUGAUUUGCCCCUCACGUUCCUUGUUUGCAGAAAGCUUUCGACUAUGGGUACAAGGUCUGAGAGUCGCUUGGGCUGGCUGGGUCUUUCAGCCUUGCUUGUGUUAUGGUCCCAUCUCAUUUGAAAGCAGGAUGCUGAGAGAGAGGGGUGGCAGGUCGUGUUGCCUCUUCUGUCAUAGUAAUGCAGGGGCUGUGGCAAGUGUCAGGUGCAUUUGCCUCCCCCUGUGCCUUGGGGGGGGGGUGUAUUUUUUGUCCUUGCUUUCUCACUCCCUUGCUAUCUACUUGCAGAUCUUCAUACGUGCCUGCGUGAUCGUUGACUAUGGCAAGCUUCCUGCUGGCAAAACCCUCCUGAGGAACUUGCAUAAAGACUACAGCAACGUGCAGUUCAACUUUGAUGCCAAGAACGCACACUGCGUAGUCAAGGGACCAUUCACUGAGCUGCAGGCCUUCAGCAGAGACCUGCUGGCCAGCCUGAACCUCAAGAGCCAACCUGUUGGAGAGAUCCUCCAGCCAGGUUCCAGCCAUGUGGCCAAAGAGACCAGAAUGCGUGAUCACCAGCAAGUGCCUGACGCCACUGAGACAGCACAAGAGAGGGCAAAAGUGCCGAAUUGGGACCAGGUGUGUGAAAAGGCAGCUAAAGUCCCAUCACCUCGGGGCCCAGUGGAUGGGGAAGCUGUGGAACAGCUGGAGGACUUUUACCUAGUGAUGGACUCAGACAUUUACUUGUACAUGCAGAGGUUCUGUGCUGCCGAGUACCAAGGUGUGCUACGCCAGCAUCGUGUGGAUGUGGUGGACGUUAGCAGCGAUGGCAUCGCCAUACUGUACCUCCAACCAUCUGCAGGUGUGUCUGGGGAUAUGGACGCCUUGCGGCAGGCCCGUCUGGCCCUGCAGCAGCUUUACCAGCAGCUGGAGGUGAGCUUGCGCAAGGAGAAGAUCACCAAGGGAGGCCUGGAUAUGGACAGCCAAGCACUCCGGGCUCUGACACAUGAGCUGCAGGAACUGUAUCCCCAGUUGCUCUGCCACGAGGAUGAGAAGCAGCUUUAUCUUAUUGGAAACCUUGUUGACGUCUCCCAGGCCAAGCAGUUCCUUCAGGAUUUCAGCGCCAAAAGAGGUGCUGCACGCACGGCUGGCACAGUCAGCAGCUCCCUGCCCUCACACCCAGCAACCUCCCACGCCACAGAGACUGCACUGCACAAGCCCAAAGCUCCUGUGGAUGCCUCAGCCUCAAGGCUGAGCCCAGGCAGGCUGGAGUCAAAAAGUGAGCUCAAGCUCGCUCCCAACUUCAGCAGUCUGAAAGUUGACAGGUCUCAGGCCAGCCGGGGCCUCUUGCUGAAUCAGGACUCUUCUCCGCUGGGACAGGCACAGCUUUCCGGACAGCACUUACCAGAGGUAGAUGCUCUGGGUCCAAGUGACCCAACAGCACUGACCCAGCAGUACCAACCUCAUGGCUCUACAAAAGAUAUGGGUUUGGGGUCAGCAGCAGAUUCUCAGCAGAAGGACCCCAAAGAAUGGGACCAUGCAAAAGGAGGUGCCAGGCUUAUGAGACACAAGGCUCUGUCUCCUUUUGGGGGCAAAGAAAACAGCACUUUGCAGCAUCCUGGGGACUCGAAGGACUCAGGCUCCGUCAAGCACCACCCACUCACUAGCACGUCAGGUACCUUUGACGUGACAAGGAUCUCUUCUGCUUUAGACUCUAAACCCUCUGAAUCCAGGCCUCUGCUGCGACGUUCCAGCAGCUUCUCCCUGCCGAGGUCCAAGGAGAGCGAUAAGCCCCAAGACGCUGGCAGGGCAGGCAGCGGAGGCGGUAGGGUGAGUGCAGAAAUGAGCCUGGACUCUCUGCAGUGGUCUUACCUGAAAGACGUUUGCCGCUCGGUUAUUGAUGAACUGUGCAGGGAUGGAGGCGUGCAGAUCUCAGAGCAUCGUACUGGGGACUGCACGGUGCUGACGCUACAGGCGGUGGACAGGAGCAAGCUCUUCCAGGCUAAAUGGAAGGUGGAAGCUCUUGUGCAGAAGUGUCCAGACCUUGUGUGUCAGAGUAUGAGCUACUCGGAGCUUGCUGUAGAUGGUCCGGAUGACAGCGCCCUGAGUGAACUGUGCAGCCUCUUGCGAGGAAAUGCCCUCCAGGUUGGACUCAGCAAAGACAAGUACAAGCUAUACCUUGCCUGCCCCAAGGAGAUGCUGUCAGGCGUGACCGAGGCCUUCCACGUGUUUUCUUCCAGGAGGCUCCGUGCCCUGAAGUCUUCAUCCUUGUCUUCAGGACCAGAGAGUACAGGGCACUCCAGUGUCAUCCAGCCGAGCAGAAGCCAGGACACGGUGCUGGAUGCAGCCCUUCCUGUCAGCCUGGAGUCCCUACAGAUGGGCCUGCAGCACCUGAGUAUUAGCAAUAAAGCAGAACACACAGUUGUGCUUGGGGCUUGCCAGCUGCCAGAGGCUGAGGAAAAGAGAUCCCCCAGUCCUUGGAGAUUCCAGCAGGCGCUGGGGCAGGAGGAGGCCAAUGGCCAUGUUGAUUCUGGGGCUGUGCAAGGAGGAAGCAGCCUUUUCAGCCCUAGUGUAGUGGAUAAGCCAAGUCCUGCUGGUCUGAGGGAGUCCCCGGAGCAGCCAAAGACAAAACUGUCUGUGGGGGAGCCUGACAUUGCGCGGCUAAAGCAGGUUUUGCCAGACAGAUUCCAGUUUGCAAGAGACAAGAGCAGAGGAGGCCACCAUGAAGCAAUGGGACAGCUGCGGUCACCGGUUCCUGCAGCAGACGGUGCUCCUCACUCCCUGCCCACCUGGCUGUAUGGGGCUAUGGCUGCUGAGCCACCUCAGGCUGCAGCAGAACAGUCACCUGCAGCAGAGCCCAGGGGCCAGGAACGAGCCCUGCUCCCAGUGGGUCGGAGCAAUGUGCAGGAGGAGCCUGACCUCUCAUCACAGCAGACAAGAGGCCCCAGCCUUGGACAGGAAAGCAGCAAGACCCCUCUGGGCCAGUGUGAUGCUUGCCAAGGCUCAGGUGUGACCUGCCAGGCCCCUUGUGGUCAUGCCUUGUGCAGGGCAUGUUUUGCAGCGGACAGUAUGCAGCCAGCUUGCUGCAGCUCCUCCUCGGUUGCCCCCAGCCGCAAGAUCUCAGGGACAUUCAAGAUCUCCUCUCUGUCUCAGAAUCUGCCUGGCUACUAUCGAGACCCAACACUCCAGGUUGCCUACAACAUCCCUGAUGGCGUGCAAGGGGUUGGUGACCCCCGCCCAGGACAGCCUUACAAAGGGGGGAAUUUCUGUGCCUUCCUGCCUGACAACAGGGAAGGGCAGAAGACAGCAAUGCUGCUGAAGAAAGCAUUUGAACAUGGGCUGACAUUCCAGAUCAAGUCCUGCAAUGGAGAGGCAAGAGUGACAUGGGGCCUUAUCCCACACAAAACCUCCUGGGAUGGAGGCAAAGCCAGGAACGGUUAUCCAGAUUCCCAGUAUCUCCGGGAGGUUUGCACAGUACUGAAGAAACUGGGCAUCGUGUGAGACCCCCCUGCCUGAGCAGCUGCAGCCCACGCCUUCGCUUCACCUUCCUUCCCAGCUGACAAAACUGCAGCUUAACACAGUCAGCUCAGGAAAAAGCAAGUGUUUGUCCAAGGAGCUCCUGCAUCCCCAGAGGUAGCCAAAAAUUCUGCACCUUACUGACAGCAGCACCUCCAUCCCCAACUGCCCCUGCAAGCCUCAGCACAAAUCGGAGCUUGUCUGAGACUCCAGCUCCUCCUGGCCUCAUGUCCUCACCAGCCAGUUACACAUAGCUUGUUUUAAUACCAGCUCCAGGCUGAGCCCUGGCUUGGCUUUCAGCAGCAUACCCCAAACCUGGGCGGGAGCCUGCGUGUAGUCCAGCCCCAUCUUCUGGAAGUCUCUUACAUCUCCAGCCACUACAGGCAGGUUCCAGCUCAGCCACCACCAGAGCCCUUGCCAGAGCUGAGCUGUCAUUAAUCUCAGCUGUUCACUCAGACAUUUCAGUCCUCCAACAGACAGCCCCAAGCUACAGCCCCUCCCCAGCACCUGCUCAGGGCCAGCAGGCAACCUGAUGCUCUCUCAGGGAGAGCAUUAACAGCUUUCAGCGCCCAGGACAGCUGAGAAUAUACAGGCAUGGACAGUCUCUCAGUGGAGAAACACAAAUAAACAAGAUUUACUCCUGCAUUUUCAGUAGUGGUUCUUCACGCCUUGUCUUGCCCUCACCCCAGGCACCUAUUUCAGUCUCAGCUGGCUACAGACACCCAGACGCAGAGUAAAGUGCAGAGGCCAGCUAAGGGCUUUACAAACAAAAGCACCAUAGCUGCCCUCCAGAACAGGGUGUUAGACGAUCAGUGCAACCCUCGAGGCAACAAUUAACAGUUGUCCUUGAGAGCAGAGGCAUCUUCUCACCCUGGGAGAGUGAGAAUUUAUAAACUGUAUGCAUCUACCCACUAGAGAAGCAAUAAAAGCGCCCCAGAGGCUGAGCUGGGGGCAGAGGGUUCAUUCCAACAGAAGACUGCGCAGCAGACCACUGACGGUUUUGUUAUGCUUUUAAUUAACAUUUGAAACACAUAAGGCAUAUGGUAACAUUAGACAGAGGAGCAUUACACUUUAUAGUCAUGUAAACAGCAUUGGCACACUUGCUUUCUGUCCAACUUGGUUACACGCACAAAGCGGAAUAUAUUUUUUAAACAAAGAUUUUUCCAUGUGUCUGUAGGAUGAGGAUCACUCAUAUCACAUAUCUGCAAAUCAACACGAGACAGACAGUACAGACCAGACCAUAUGUUGUAAGAGGCUCAGAGUCUAACGCGUUUCACAUCACGCUCAUGUUCUACUUGCCAGUCACGCUUUGCCAUCACCAGGGCUUAGCACACUAGAGACUUCAUUAGGCAACAAGAGUGGUUUUACACCUAUGAUAGCAGCUGUAAGUGGGCAGGGAUCCUGCACCAGUUAAAGCCUGAGGCCCACAAUGCUUCUUACUCCUCCCUGGUCGAUCGAUUCUAGUUUAAUACAGGUGUCCAAAAUGAAAUGUACAGCUAAACUCCUUCCCCCAUCUCAAAGUGCUCGGCAGGGGUCAUGCUCCUCUGCACAAGCCGAGGCUGCUUCUGCCCCCUUCCCCUUCUGCAGUUAGCGUGCGACACAAGUGAGCUCGACAGAAACCAGAGCCAAAAACGUGACAAAAGCUGCCUGGUGAUAGCAAAGGAGUUGUGUUUUGUCCAAGACCAGCAGCACCAGCCUGGGAAGGCGACUGCUGUGGUGACACAGGAGUGACGCUCGCGCAGGCACCCCUGUGCUGAGCAGCCCCCACCCCAGCAGCGGGCAGGGCUGGGGAUGCCUCCCCUCUGCUCCUGAACUCCUUACUCACGCUUUCCCCUUGGCCUCCUCACGGCACAACCUUUGGGUCAGACAAUCAGUAAAAUAAACAUUAAAUUGCACUUCUGAUAGCUAGAAUGGCACACGCAAUUUAAGCACAGGAAUCUCCCAUUUCCUCAACAGAAUGACUUUUCCCUAAACAGUUAAGCAACAUUGAGUGGAAUGAUUUUUAUCCUAGGUUUUUUUGUUUUUUUGUUUUUUUUUUGCUUUGGUCCUUAGUAUACAAACCUGCUGGUUAAACUUUGAGUUAAGACACUUGAAGUUGUUUGACAUAGGUUCUAUACUUACCGGCCCAUAAAAUGUUUGCCCAGGGAAGAAAAAAAAAAAAAAAAAAAAAAAAAAAAAGAAGGCAACAAACCCAAAAAACAACCAACUGCAAUCACC